UUUAGCACCUGCAGGCCGAAUGGACUACAGUCAUUUAGUUAGGCAGUAUUUGUAAGAAGUUAAUGUAUAAGCCAACGGAAAUGUUACUUUAUAAUCGUAACGGCACAGUUUGCCCUGACUGACCAUUUCGACGAUACAAAUAGACCGCAAAUCUGUCCAACUUUAAGUUGGAGGGUCGCUGUAGCCAGCUAGGUCUAACGUUAUGCUAUGUGCUACUACAAGUUGGCUAACAUUACCUCGGUAGUCUUGACUUCGACUUAGCAUUUAACUAAUUUGGGCUAUUUUGCUUCCUAAUGGAACAUUUCUAUCGAGGGCCGUGCGUUUAGUUUAAGUACAAAAGUUGCCCGAUUUUGUCGCGGAUGGAUAAAAAGUUGUGGUAAGCUGAUUAUUCUAAUGUGCUUUGAGAUACUGAGAUUCGGUUGCCAUGGAGAUGGUAGUUUCCCUAUGCCUAUGGUUUCCCCACUCCAUCAUUUGUAGAGCACUUUUGCAUUAUUUCGUCUAAUAUUGUUCUUAUUAUGCAAUGUAUAACUCAGGCCUACUGAAGGGACACACAACGUUGAUUUAUUCUAAUGCACUUUCAGAAAGCAUCUUUAUGGCUUCACAUGCGUAGUGUUGAUUCAACAUAAACAUAACAGUCUAUGGUUGCAUCUUUAUGGAGAAGGACAUUCAUUUCAGAAAACGUUUUCACCUAAUAAUCUGAAACUGAUUCUGAACACGUGAAAAAUAACUGCAUCGAUUGUGAUAAUUUCUUGGGGAAGUUUGUGAAGUCGUCGGUCAGAGCUAAGCCGGUAGGUGGCAGUACAGAUUCAUUCCUGUUCAGUAUUUCUGAGGCCCAGAAUAGACUGCCCCGGCCACAGUGGAUAACCAACAAGAAUCAGUCAAGAACAUCCUGGAUGGUCUUCAAAAAAAUAUUGUUGCUUUGGAAAAUACCUUAACCAAGAUAAACUUUAAAGUUGAGGUAGUUCAGUGUGACUCAGAUGACUCCGAGUGUCGGCUGAGCACUGGAUCGGAUGAGGAAUGGCAGGCCAGUCUGCGCCCGCAGUCUGCUGAGGACCAGGUAGAGGAGCAGGCGGAGGAGCAGGUGGAGGAGCAGGUGGAGGAGCAGGUGGAGGACCUGCAGACCGUUCUGAAGGAGCUCCAGAGAGAGAGGCAGCAGCUGAACACUAUACUGCAGGAGUUCAGAGUCUCAGACGGAGUUCAGGCUGCAGACACUGGGGCCAGUGGCAGUGGGCGCGCUCGCGCUGUGCACCGCGUGCAGGAACGGGAGGACGACCGUGGACCGAGGGUGGACCGUCAGGGUACCAUGCGCAGAAGUCGACUAUCCACCAGCCCGACAAGAGGGCCCGCCCUCAGCCCCAGCCCUCCCCGUCACUCCCCUGUCAAGGGAGGGACGUAUGACUCGGAGCUGAUGCGGGUCCUUCGGGAGAGGGACGAGAUGCAGGGUGUGCUGGAGAAGUACGAGCGCCACCUCUCGGAGAUCCAAGCCAACGUCAAGGUGCUCAGCGCCGACCGGGACAAGACCAGCGCGCACUACCAGCAGGCGCAGCAGGAGAUCGCAGCUCUGCGGCGUGAGGUGAUGCGGGCGCGCUCAGUGCGCAGCAGCAGCAGCUCCAAGGGCGGCGUGACGCCUCACAGCAUCCUGAAGCGCGUGGAGGCCGAGAGGGACGAGGCCCAGAACGACCUGCAGCGCAUGACCACCGAGAGGGACAGCCUCCGAGAGAGACUCAAGAUCACCCAGGAGACGGCCAUCAGUGAGAGAGCCCAUCUGGAGCAGCGUGUGGAGGACCUGCAGACCGCCGUGCUCACCCUGGAGCAGGAGCGUGGGGAGCAGCGCAGCAGGCAGGUGCUGCUGAAGGAGGCGAUGAGGGAGGUGGAGCAGGAGGUGCAGGGGCUCAGCAGCAAGCUCUCUGGAGCAGAGGAGGAGGUGCAGGGGUACAGGAACGAGUGCUCCAUACUCAGGCUUGCUCAUAACCAAGCGGAGAGUAACCUGAAUGAGACCCAGCGGAGACUCACCUCACGCAUCGGAGAACUGCACAAGGGCCAGGAGAAGAACAAACAACUGGACCAAAAAAAUGAGUCGCUGCUGAGGCAGCUGAACAGUAUGAGGGAGGAGAUGAGCGCUCUGCAGAGCUCCAAGUCUGAUGUCCAGCAGCGGGCGCUCUCUCUGCAGGAGCAACUGGACAAGAGGAGCAUGCAGCUAUCCAUGGCCAACUCCCAGCUGGACGACCAUGAGAGGACCAUCAGAAGUCUGAAGAUCAACAUAGAGGAGCUGGAGACCACCAUUAGAGGCCUGCGGGACUCGGUGAGCGUUCGGGACUGUGAGCUGGGCCUGGCCAGGAAGAAGCUGUCCGACUCGGAGGACGAGCUGGGCAUUACGCUCAGAGCCAGAGAGGACACCGCUCGAGAGGUCAGCCAGCUCAGAGGUGACCUGGACAAGGCCCGCAUUGAGAACCAGGCGCUGCAGCUGAAGGUGGACGACUGCUCCCAGGAAAUGGAGAAUCUCCUGCGGAGAGUGCAGGACUACGCAGACGACAUCUCCCGCGUAGAGGACCUGCUGGCCUCCAAGGAGCAGGAGUGUCGGGAGCUGCAGGAGGCUCGUCGAAGGGCGUCGCUGCAGGUGGAGAGCUGGGAGGGGCAGGCGCGGCAGCUGGACACAGUGGCCAGUCAGCUGCGCAUGGAGCUGGUCACCGCCGACCUGGAGCGCCAACGCCUCAAGGAGAAGCUGGCCAACGCCGAGGCCAGCCUGCAGGAGGCGGUGAGUGCGGAGCGGGGCAGCUGUGGUCAGCUCUCUCAGCUGAACGGGCGUCUGCUGCAGCUGGAGGAGGAGCUGCGUGAGACCCAGAAGCAGCUGACCAGCACACACACCGACCUGGAGAAGACACGCCAGCUCUGCGUCAGACUGGACAUCAGCAAGGAGGCCUUACAGCGUGAGCUGGAGGUAUCUGUGAAUGAUCUGGAGGUGGUGAGGAAGCAGCUGAAUGGUGAGCGUGCGUCGGCCCGGACCCUGGAGGCCGUGCUCUCCUCCACACGGGACAUGGAGCUGCAGCGCCACCUCAGCUCCCAGCAGCGCAGCACACAAGUGCAGCAGCUCAGAGACAAGCUCACCGCCGCCGACACCAAGGAGAGCUCUCAGAGGCGAGAGGUGGUCCAUUACAGGACUCGGGCGUCCCAGCUGGAGUCUGAUCUGGAGAUGACCAAGAAGCAGCUGGCCACGGAGCGCUUUGACCGGGAGCGGGCAGUGCAGGAGCUGCGUCGGCAGGGCCUGUCGUCCACCCUGUCGUCCACUCUGUCGUCGUCGCUGCGUCCGUCGUCUCCGUCCCGCCGCUCCAUCAGUCCCCAGCGGUCCUGGUCCCCAGAGCGCCCUCUACACAGCACACCAGAGCAGCGCUCCCCCAAGCGGAACAUACUGCGGGACCUGUAUGACUGAGCAGCCAAUCACACCACAGGAACGCCAUCCUGCGGGACCUGUAUGACUGAGCAGCCCAUCACAGUGCAGUCUUCUGCUCACUCUGUGUACUCUUAAAAAAUGUCAUUUGUACUUUUUUUUACAUAUCAGUUGUUUUCUAUGAAUUAUUCAUGAACUUUAAAGAAACAUCACAUUAUUGUGUCUGAUUGUUAAUUAU